CACCCACCCACCAACAACAACCCGCCCCUUUCAUCCACUCUACCCAUUAGACACACCCUCCCAACCCAGUCGCCAAUCACCAAUCACCAUCUCCAAAACAAAAAAAAGGGAAUAAAUACCAAACCCCCAAAAAAUGGCACUCCGGCCAUCCCUGUUCUCCCGCUGGCUCGUACAGCCAACGGAGCUCCUCCACCGAACUGCGCUUCGCGCAACCCAAACAUCCCCAUCACAGAGUCUAUCUCUGACUCGAUCGGCCCGUCUGACCGGCCAAUCAGCCGGUCCCAGAACCAACACCCGACGCACCUUCACCUCGCUAGCAAGUCGCUUCGCGACUCGCACCCGACCGAGUCUCCGGCCCAAGACGGUCCAAUUACCACGUCGCAACGCGCGCCGCGCAAACUCCUCCUCCUCCACCACACAAGCCCCCAAAGAAGGCGGGUCUCUCUCACAGCGUCUUCGGACGUUGUCCCGUGAAUACGGCUGGGCCGCGCUGGGUGUGUACUUGGGACUGUCCGCGCUGGAUUUCCCGUUCUGUUUCAUUGCGGUGCGGUUACUUGGCGUGGAGAGGAUUGGGCAUUGGGAGCACGUCGUGGUUCAGACUGUCAAGGAUGCGUUUUAUUCUGUUUGGCCGCAGGAGGACGGUGGGAAGGGUGAGGGUGAGGAGGAGGAGGAUAGUGCGCUUGUGAAGCAGGAGCGGAGUAUGGAGGAAGCUAGUAUAUGGACUCAGUUGGCGUUGGCGUAUGCCGUCCACAAGAGUCUGAUCUUCUUCCGUGUCCCGUUGACGGCGGCCGUGACGCCCAAGAUUGUCAAGGUGUUGCGGCGCUGGGGCUGGGAUAUUGGCAAGCGCAAGCCGAAGAGCACCUAAUCGCCACCAGCACCAGCACCAGCACCA